CGCAAAACAGUUGGCACAUAUCGGGCGACUUAAAUGUAUUCACUUAGAAUUCACUGGCAAUUGCCGCUAUUGCUCUGCCUCUGGGCAUCUAACAGUAUUGGGGCACGUCAGAUACGCAUCAAUCGCUAUGCGGCCAGCGUGCAGGAGGAUGAUGUGCAGCAGGCGGUGAGUCGAGAAGUAGCGCCCAUACCCACACCUUAUCCGCCAGCUGGCCGACCGCAGGGACGUGCUUUCUGGUUACCGGGGGAAGCAAGUGAGAAUGAGGGCUCUGGAUUAGAUCAACUCACAACGACAACGGAAUCACCCUUUGAUAGUGAAAUAACCAGCACCACAGAUGUACUAGGACUGAGCACCACAACCACGAUCGACUUAAUGGACAGCACCACAACUACAACAGCGCCCGUGGAACCGCGUUCUGGUCGUGCUUUUGUCAAGGCACCAUAUCCCGCUGCCGGCUAUCGGCCUAGUCGUGCCUUCUUCCUGCCCACAGAGCUCAAGGCGUUGGAGCAGCAGCUGACAGCACGCAAUUCAUCGGUUGAUGCAGCCGUUCCAAAUAAUAAUUCAAAUCAUCCCGUCUGUGGUGUCAGUACAAAUCCUCUUAAGCCCACCCCGGAGCCCGGCUAUAAGGCCGAGCCUGAUGCCGAAAGUGUUGUGAUCAGUGAACCAGCUGUGGUGAUUGUUAGACCGCCUGGUGACCGCAUGGUUCCAGUAGCCAUACCUCUGCGAUCCCAGCGACUCAUAACAGCGCCCAGACGACAAGGAUUUACCUAUACUACUCAUGUGGAGCAGCGCUGGUGAGAAGGAUAUGCUCGGAUACUAUU